AUGUAUCUCCGAUUGUCCGUCUUUGCCAUCAUCUUCAGCAUCGUCCUCGCCCAGGACAGCGGCUGUUACAUUAACGAUUCAGGCUUUACCUGCUGCGACAAGGGCCUUGAGAGCGCCAUGAUGGGAGCUAUGGGAGGAGAUGAUCUCCUCGGUGCGGCUGAUGGAAUCCAAAAAUCUGCUGAAGGCUCGCUAGGUGGAAAGUUCGAGACCGUGGUCGCUUUGGACGAUUUUGCCUACAAGUCGCACUUCAAGGAGGGCAAGACCUGCAAGGUCGAGAAGAACGGUCAAUACGCUCUCGCCUGGCAGCCA